CACCAAUGAACACCUUGAAAUCCGUCCAUGUUUCCUCAGAAGCCAAUCAAACCCAAGCCCCCACCAAUUCUUUCUCCAUGCAAACAUUAGAUUCAUCUGUCCAAAGCUUAAUAAAAUCAUGGAAGAGAAGGCAAAGGUGGAUGCUUCUAUUCACCACACACAACCACCAAGACUUGAAUAAUAAUAGAGCACCAUGGCGCACCCAUUUGGUCAAUUUCCUAGACUCAACAUGGGUUCACAUGUUCACAGUCUCGUUGCUCAUUGUGGACCUCAUCAUCACAAUCCUAGAGCUAUCUUCCUCUCUAGUUUCGUGUGAGAAGAACAUGAACAGCGUAUUAGAGCAUUGUUUGCAUUGGAUUGGAAUUGGUAUUCUUUGUUUUCUUUUGGUGAAGACUAUGGCUAUGCUAGUGGGGUUAGGCUCUUCGUUUUUCCACCAUGUGGGGUAUGUUGUUGAUGGGGUUGUGGCCAUAGGGGCUAUGUUUUUGGAAGCCUUUGUGGUGAGGAAAGGGGGUGGUUUGUUGGUUGUAGUGAGCUUGUGGCGUGUCAUUAGAGUUGUGGAGAGUGCCUUUGAGUUGAGUGAUGAGGCCAUUGAAGCUCAAAUUGCGGGUAUAGUUUGCCAAUUUGAGGCACUUAAAGAAGAAAAUACGAGGCUCUUGGAAGUAAUAUAUGAGAAGGACAAGAUGAUUGAAAUGCUCAAGGAAGAUUUAGAUAAGUGUAGAGAUUUUUUUUAAACA